AGCUGUUGUCUGCCGCAUCCCCAAUUUGAAUCUCUCUUCCCGUUUCACACCUCCCCUUCUUUUUAACUCUUCAAAAUCUCACAGUUGACAUUUCACUUUCUUUCACCGCUUUCCCGCCUCGGUACAUCACUGUCCCUUCUACCUCGUCUCUCUUCUUCUAUCUCUGCUCUAUCAAUCUGUUCACUCCCUGCUGCUCCUUGUCAUCGUCAUGCAGAGAGAAAUGGAGGUCACUUCCAAAUCAAGAAUAUCAGAGCUCCAAAUCCCCAAGAAGUGGAAGGACAGGGACACCAGCCCCGAAAGAACCAAAGUCUGGACUGAACCUAAGCCCAAAUCCGAGAGGAAGGUCUCUGUCGUCUAUUACCUUUCCAGGAAUGGCCAGCUUGAGCACCCACAUUUCAUGGAGGUUCCUCUCUCCUCUCCUCAAGGACUCUACCUAAGAGACGUAAUCAAUCGCUUGAACCUUCUUCGUGGGAAAGGUAUGGCCAGCCUCUACUCCUGGUCUGCGAAACGGAGCUACAAAAACGGUUUUGUCUGGCACGAUUUAUCGGAGAACGAUUUCAUCUACCCGACGCAGGGGCAAGAGUACAUUCUGAAAGGAUCAGAGAUUCUCGAGCACUCUUCUAUCCAAAGGCCAUUUGAAACGGCGUCGUCUCGGUCUCUCAGGCCGCCCGAGGAUAUUCGCAAGUCGGACGAUGAUUCUGAUUUUCCGGUGAUCACGAGGAGGCGGAACCAGUCUUGGAGCUCCAUAGACCUCAACGAGUACAGGGUGUACAAGUCUGAGUCUUCCGGUGACUCUUCCGGGAAACUCGCCGCCGACGCCUCGACUCAGACGGAGGAUAAGCGACGGCGAAGGAGGGCGGCCAGGGGAGAGAAGGAAAUCGAGGCGGAGGGUGGGAGAAUCCCGGAGUCGCGGAUGAUUGGUCAUAAUCAAAGUACGGAGCUGAGCAGGGAGGAAAUUUCACCUCCACCAUCGGAUUCAAGCCCCGAAACAUUGGAGACGCUGAUGAAUGCAGAUGGACGGCUAGCAUUGACGUCUUCGAGAAUCGAUAAAAACGGUGCAAAUCUGUCGGCAUAUAGCCACCCAAGUGGAAGGAUGAAAGCAUCGUCGGUUCUGAUUCAAUUGUUAUCGUGCGGUUCAAUCUCUUUUAAGGACAGCGAGCCCACUUCCUUAAAAGAUCAAGGGUUAUGCUUGACGGGGAAUCACAAGCCAAGGAUGGUCCACGAAGCAGGAAAUCAAACAUCGAAGGAGACGGGAACUUCAGUUGAAAUACCAGAUUUGGGCGGGGUGAGAUUAGAAGAUAAGGAGUAUUUUAGUGGAAGUUUGAUCGAGACCAAGAAAGCGGAUUUUCCUGCGUUGAAGAGAUCAUCUUCUUACAAUGCUGAUAGUGGAUCGCAGUUACAGAUAACGGAGGGCGGAGACGCAGCGAGGGCCAAGUGCAUGCCGAGGAAGUCCAAGACGAUGACGGCAAAGAAAGAGAACAGUGGCAGCAAAAGAACAAUUGAAGCGCAACGGUGAAUGGGAAAUGGAAACAGAAUUGCUUGUGAAUGCAAAGUUCAAUUAAAGAGCUGCACAGAGAUGCUUGGCUACUUGUAUUAUAAUAUAUUAUUAUAUGAUGACAAAUGCUAAGUUUAGGAGCCAUAUCUUAUUUCUUGACCCAUAUGUUAUAUCUUUUUGGCUGCUUGUGCCGGCUGGUGACUUGGUUUCUUACCCUUUUCUACGUCGGUGAUUGCCCAAAGCCUUUAAAUUCAUUUUAUGUUAGCCUUUGACUGCUGAUUGCUCUGACUUUUACACAUCAGCAAUGAGAUUUCCAUUUGGGUAUUAUUAUGCACCUCGGCUUC